AUGCAGAUAGCUGAGAUGCAUGGGGAAUUGAUGGAGUUUAAUGAGAAACUUCACAAGAAAUUACUGAAUAGGGAGAAGCAGAUGAGGACCAUGCAUAUCGUCAUUGAGGAUCUAAAAAGAAAAGUUGUAUUUAUUUGUAAACUAAAAAUUGUAGAAAAAUUAUUUUUUUUACGCAGUAAUUCAUUGUCAUCUCAGUCGAUGAAUCUGAUUAUACCAGCUGCAUUUCUUCAAGGUUCAUCAAAGGGUCCCUACCAUGUAUAUCAGAUCUACAUAAAAAUAAGAAAUGAAGAGUGGAUAAUAUACAGAAGGUACACAGACUUCUUUGAACUUCAUCACAGUUUGAAGAAAUAUUUCCAAAUUGUCAAACAAUUUAACUUUCCACCUAAAAAGACUUUUGGAAAAAUGGACCCGAAGUUAGUUGAGGAUAGAAGGAAAGGACUUGAGGACUAUUUGAGAAAAGUGCUGUUCAUGUUGCACGAGAAUUGCCCACAGUUUGCCAAUUCACCAUGCAGGAUCACUCUCCUUACCGUUCUUCCUUUCUUCAGGUUCACUUCGCUUAUUAAUUUCAGUAAUUUUUCUUAUUUCUAUCUACAUUAA